AUGGACGGCCGCGGCACCGCGGUCCCGUUGCCCGGCCGGUGGACGUGGUGGUACAAGGACCCGUGCGCGAACAACGAGAACUGGACGUCCAGGCUGCAGGAGCUGUUCGACGUGAAGACCAGCGCGGAGUACGCGACCGCGUACGGCGCGGCCAAGCUGCCGUCCGCGCUGGCGCCGGGCGCGGGCUACUACGUGUUCCGGCACCGCGUGUGGCCGGCGUGGGAGGCGGAACCGAACCGGGGCGCGGGCGCGUGGACGGCGACGAUCGAGCCGGCCCGCGGCGACGCGUCGGCCGCCGUCGACUUCGCGUGGUCCGACCUGCUGUUCCUGUUGGUCAGCGAAGGGUUCGGCCAGCUGUCCGGGUACGUGUGCGGCGUCACGUGCAGCGCGAAACCGCGCGGCCGGCACAAGGUCGGCGUGUGGACGGUCCGGACGACCGCGGCCAACCACCGGUACAUCCUCAUGGUAGGCCGGCUGCUGGGCACGGUGUUGCGGAACGCGUGCGGCGCCACCGUACCGAUCGCGUACAAGCCGCACGAGGGCACGCGCGACAGCUUCGACUACGCGAUAAGCUGA